AUGUAUGGAAACCCGAACAAGGACCAGGGUAACCGACAGAAGAUCUACGAGCGGAAGCAACAACGGAACGAGACCUUCCUGACGUUCAAAAUGGAAGUAGAGCGGUUGAACAAACUUUUAAGUACUCCAUUAGACCAAACCCGUCUGUUUGAAAUAAUUUGGGACAAUAUGCGCCCUCACUACCGGUCGCGGUUGGCGUGUAGAACGGUAAGGGACUUGCGAAUGUUGGAGUACUACGCGUAUCGCAUAGACGCAAACGAUCCGACGUUUAGAGGUCACCGGGAAGGACCCAAUAGGCCGACCGGAAAUGUGCACAACAUUGAGGCAGAAAACGAGUCAAGCGACUCGCAUUCGAUUUAUUCGGAUUCGGAAGAGGUGAAUGCUCUGGACAGAAGGUUCAACAGGGACAGAAGAAGCAAGGACGACCGCAGACAGACGGAGAGGAAAGUGUCGGAGACUCCAACUCAAUCACAAACGGUGCAGCAACCGGCACAGCAAACACCGAGAGAAACUUCACAAAUGCUGUGUUGGAACUGUGGAAAGACAGGGCACAUGUGGAGGCAAGACGUCCGUCAAUUGCCCAAACCACCCAAGAUCAUCUCAACAGGUCAUGUCGGGAAACUAGAGGAGGAAUGUACAAACGGGAACGACGACAUUCCAGCGUUCCGAAUAGUUCCCAUAUCCGAACGUGUAAAUGGAGAAGAAGCAGUAUUGUGUGAGGUAACGGCCACGGCGGAGAGAUGUCCUCAUGUCAUGGUGCGUAUCUUUGAUACGGAUUACGAUGCAUUGUUGGACUCAGGGGCUAGUGUCUGCGUCACUAGCGUUACUAACAUCGCAGAACGCAAUGGUCUUACGAUGAGGGAGAGCCCAAUACGCAUCGUGACGGCAGACAAGACGGUUCACAAAAGUCUCGGAUACGUUCAGCUUCCGAUCGAGUUCAAUGGAAUUACGAAGGUUGUACCAGUCCUCGUUGUACCUCAGGUGUGUAGGAGAAUGAUCUUGGGGUAUAACUUCUGGAAAGCCUUCGGAAUUCAACCGAUGAUGGAAGGAGCGAACGGAUUUGAGAAGAUUGACACGGUAAGCAGAGAAAAUGCUGAGUUGGAGGUACUAGACUUCACGAUUCUACCGAUCCAGUCACUUCCGGUGUUACAGAAACCGGAGCCAGAUGAGACGUUGGACAUUCCAGCGUUAGAAUUGCCGGAACCAUCACAGACUACACCUGAAACAGUGGAAACAGAGCAUGAACUGCGACCCGAGGAACGAGCAGAGCUGACCGAAGCGAUUAGGAUGUUUCCGUGCACCACAGAGAACCGGUUAGGAAGAACGACACUUAUCCAGCACGAGAUUAUACUGAAAGAGGAGGCGAAACCACGUAGGCAACCGCUAUACCGAUGCUCUCCGGCUAUUCAGGCCGAGAUGGAAGCUGAGAUUGCGCGGUACAAGAAAAUGGACGCUAUCGAAGAAUGCUCGAGCGAGUGGGCGAGUGGAUUGGUCCCAGUAAGGAAAUCCAAUGGGAAGCUGCGAGUCUGCCUAGAUUCACGAAAGAUCAACUCCUGGACCAAAAAGGAUUCAUAUCCUAUGAGGAACAUGGGGGAGAUCUUUCAUCGGCUGGGGAAGGCCAAAUACUACUCGGUAGUAGACCUGAAGGACGCGUAUUUCCAGAUUCCUCUGAAGGAGGAAUCUAGGGAUUAUACGGCGUUUCGGACCCCUCAGGGUCUGUUCAGGUUUAAGGUUUGUCCCUUUGGGCUAACUAACGCUCCAUUUACAAUGUGUCGUCUAAUGGACCGCGUAAUUGGUUUCGACCUUGAACCAUACGUGUUUGUCUAUUUGGACGACAUUGUAAUUGCGACCAGGACUUUCAGCGAACACGUUAGGCUACUCAAGAUCGUGGCACAGCGGUUGGCGAACGCGAAUCUAACCAUUUCUUUGGACAAAAGUAGGUUUUGUCGCAAAAAGGUUUCGUAUUUGGGAUAUUUGUUAACGGAGGAGGGAGUAUCGAUCGACAAUUCACGGAUUGAACCGAUACUGAACUACGCUCGGCCCAGAAACGUGAAGGACAUACGACGAUUGCUCGGUUUAGCCGGUUUUUACCAGCGUUUUAUACGGGAAUACAGCCGGGUAGUCGCACCGAUCUCCGAUCUUUUAAAGAAAGCCAAAAAGAAGUUUUGCUGGACUGAGGAAGCGGAAAAGGCUUUCGGAGAACUCAAAGCAGCUUUGGUGUCAGCUCCGAUUCUUGGAAACCCCGACUUUACUAAACCGUUCGUAAUCGAAUCUGAUGCGUCGGACAACGCGGUCGGGGCGGCGUUGAUUCAGGAGGUUGAAGGGCAGCCGCAAAUAAUCGCCUAUUUCAGUAAAAAGCUAAGUAGCACACAGCGCAAGUACGCCAGUGUCGAGAAGGAGUGCUUGGGAGUCUUGUUGGCGAUCCAGAACUUCCGGCACUACGUGGAAGGCACGAGGUUCAAGGUCGUAACGGACGCUCGUAGUUUGUUGUGGCUUUUCACAAUCGGUGUUGAGUCCGGGAAUGCUAAGCUGCUACGCUGGGCGUUAAAAAUCCAGUCCUACGACAUCGAACUGGAAUACAAGAAAGGCAAAAACAAUAUCGUGGCAGAUUGUCUUUCCCGAUCGGUAGAAACCAUCAACGCGAUUGCCGAUGAUGAGGAUUACCAGAAAGUAGCAGCGGAGAUAACGAAUGAUCCAACAAGCUUUCCGGAUUUUCGUGUAGUCGACGGACAGAUCCUCAAAUACGUCAAGGAUACUGGGAAAUUCGAAGACCCACGGUUCAACUGGAAAAAAUACCCGCCUACAGCGGAACGGAAAGGAAUUAUGGAGAAAAUCCACGGUCAGGCUCAUUUGGGGGCAGAAAAGACGUUGGCUGCGGUUAAAGAACGCUACUUUUGGCCGAGAAUGAGUAGCCAAGUCAAGAAGUUCUGUCAGACGUGCCUCACUUGCCAAACCAGUAAAGCGACGAACCAGAAUACGACUCCUCCCAUGGCAGAACAAAAGAAGAUAGCCCAGUAUCCCUGGCAAUUCUUGGCGAUGGACUAUAUCAACGACUCAGAACGCGUCAAUCGGGUGAUAACGACGGCUAUUCGAGCGACGAUUAAAAAAGAUCAUAAGGAGUGGGCUAACAACUUGCAAGAAAUUGCCUGCGCCCUAAGGAAUUCCGUCCAUGAAACAACUCGCUAUACUCCGUACUUCUUAAUGUUUGGCAGGAACAUGAUCUCGGAUGGUACGGAGUACCGAAGCUUGAGAGAUUCACCAACAACUUCCUCUGGUGCGCUGAACGGUGAGGAAAGAAGAAAGCUGUAUGAAGAAGUGAGGCGCAAUUUGGAAACAGCUUACAAGAAACACGCGUCCUACUAUAACCUGCGCUCAAAUGCCAAAUGCCCGACGUAUUCCGUUGGAGAAAAAGUUCUGAAGAAGAAUAUGGAACUAUCGGACAAGGGAAAGGGAAAAGAUCCCGACAUCGUCACCCCGUCGGAAGGAAGCGAUCCGUCAACAUAUCGCUUCGGCCUAUACCGCGGCUACCACGUGCCGCUCAGUGGGCCCGUUCCGUCCAGAAAGGAUCUACACCAUCCACGUGGAUUCGCGAUCGCGAGUCCAAAGGUCGCGAUCAAGCACCGUGGUCCAACCGCGCUAGUGUCAGGAGCGCAGGAUCGCAAGUAG